CGAGAGGAUCGAGGCUGUCGAGAAACUGCGCUUGAGGAGAGGUCCUGGAGCUCCUGUGAGGAGUGGUCCUGAGAGUGGCCGGAGAGUCGACCACCACAGCCGGUCUUCCCGACUGGCACGGGGUCCCUUUGGAGUGCAGUGCAGACACUGCAGGACAGUCCAGUCCUCCCUAAGGUCCCAGGAUACCCACAGCCAUGGCCCCCGGGAGAAGAAAGCGUGGCCGGAGAGCUUCCCAAGCACCGGCGAAGGCUCAGGUUGUGGCUGCCAGUGAAGUUGAGCACCAGGAGGAUCCCCAGCUCUCCUCAAGUGCCAGCCCUUCCUUGCACAGUGGCGGACAGCUGUCCCCAGCCCGUGCUGACUCUCCAGGGAAUGACAGACAUGGAGAAAGCAGUCCUUUCACAGGAACUCCUGAGAUCGAUCCGGGGAAUGAAUUCCAGAAAAUAUUGGAAACAUUUCAAGUGGACCUUGAAAAGGUUCUUCAAGGAAAGAGAAGGAGUUUCAUAAUGAACACCAAUGCUUCUGUCAAGAGCAUUCAGGAGAAAUUUGAGCAUGUUUGGAAAAUCCAGCAAACGCAAAGGGAGAAGCUUUAUCGUGCAUACUCCCGGCAGCUUCUGACUUUGCAUCAGGAGUGGGAACUGGAAACACAGAAAGUCAAGGAACAAGAAGCAAAACUAGUUAGCAUAUUUGAACAGCUACAAGAGGCUUUUCAACAGUCUAGAAUGGUCCAUAGCCACGGAAUAAAUGCAUUCAAAGCGUUAUUUGAGGAAUUCUUGAAGAGAGCCGAGGACCUGGAGGCGAGUCAUGGAAAUCAUUCUCCUGGGGAGCUAAGUAUGUUCAGAAAAGAAAUGGCCAUGUUGCAAGCCGAACUUAUGAAGCAAAUUGAGCAUCAAACAGCGGUCAGUGCUAAGCUUUCUCUCCACUCCCUGCUGUUCAAGUGAUCCGUGGAAGAAAGAAUCUCCUGCAAAGUGAUGAGAUACACUCAUCGAACUGUUAGUAGCUACAAGAAGCUAAUGUGGUUUAUCAAAAUUAGUGCAAGUUUUUUGUGUGCUCGUUUGUUAAGGGCAAAGUCCCCUCUCUGUUAAACCCUAAGAAAGAGGUAGAAAGAGUUAUGUGAGCAGCAGCCAUUCUGGAGGUUCCCGCCCCCUGGGAGCGGUGGGGGGCUUCUUUCCCUGUCACUGUUGUGGAACU